AUGUUAACGCCAAAAGCUCAGGUUUUAGAGGCUUUACCUGCCUGUUCGUCGUCUCCUUGUCGAAAUGGUGGAACAUGUAGACUUGCUGGGUGUAACGAUGAUUACACAUGUGACUGUGCAGAGGAUUAUCAUGGCGAAUACUGUGAAAAGUGCAUUGGUUUAGAUGGUUCAACCAGCGCACGACCUGGACAUUCAUGCAAGUACAUCAAUAAGUAUGGAAAAGCCAAAGGGGAUGGAGACUACUGGAUUGACCCGACACGAUCUGGAAAACCAUUCCUGGUAUCKUGUGAUAUGACAACAGAUGGAGGAGGAUGGACUGUCGUGCAUCGAUGUGAGCUAAAGUCGUCCAGUCCAACAGGUGCUAUAGAUAUGCCAGAUUAUAGAUCCAUGAAAGAGCUAAACUGGAAAAAAAGAAUUAAUACUGAUAUCUUAUUGAGCCUCCGAAACGACAUGGGAUUCAAUCAGAUGCGAUUCUAUUGCCAUAAGAAAGCCGUUAAAAGGACAGUCCACGUGAUGACAAAGAGGACUGAUCGUGUUUGUCACAAGCUGGAUCAAGCAAGAUACAAUGGUUGUAUGUAUUCAAAUACCGAGGCUUGUGCAUUCCGGCAAACACCUUACGAUUUGGCCUAA